GCCGCCGCCGCCGCUUCCCCUCCGCCUCAGAGUGCCGCCCCGGCCGGCGCCGCUUCGGAGCCCCGUGCCAGGGGCGGGGCGGGAAGCAGUGGCCGGAGGUGAAGGGCCGAACGCCGAGCUUGUGCUCCGUUCUCCUGGGCUCUCCGAAUUGUGAGCAUUAUGGUGGAGAAAACAUAUUGCCAUCAACAUUAUAACACUGUCAUAGAAUUCCUGUAAAGACUAGGAAAUAUUGCUGGUGUUAUGCAUUCUGGAAAAACGUUUUAACUACAGAUACCAUCAAGACUUUGAGAACAGAAUGAACAUGCUGCUGUUGUCUGCUUACUGACAGUAACCAGCUGGGCGCUUCACUCAUGAUGUUUUCAUUCUCACAUUGUCCAACUGGAAUUUGCUUAUACUGAUUUUUAAAAAGAGGAAUAAAUCAAAGUGGAGUACCGUAAACUUGACAUGGAAAAUAAAAAGAAAGACAAAGACAAACCAGAUGAAAGGAUGGCACGGCCUAGUGGGAGAUCAGGCCAUAAUCCACGUGGAACUGGUUCUUCAAAUUCUGGAGUGUUAAUGGUUGGCCCUAACUUCAGAGUUGGUAAAAAAAUUGGAUGUGGUAAUUUUGGAGAGCUGCGGUUGGGAAAAAAUUUAUACACAAAUGACUAUGUGGCAAUUAAGCUGGAGCCAAUGAAGUCGAGAGCACCACAGCUACAUUUGGAAUACAGAUUCUACAAGCAACUAGGAUCUGGAGAUGGAAUACCUCAGGUUUAUUAUUUUGGCCCAUGUGGCAAAUAUAAUGCUAUGGUGCUAGAACUACUUGGACCUAGUCUGGAAGAUUUAUUUGACUUGUGUGGUAGGACAUUUUCUCUUAAAACCGUUCUUAUGAUAGCCAUACAGUUGAUUUCUCGCAUGGAAUAUGUCCAUUCAAAGAACUUAAUAUACAGAGAUGUAAAACCUGAGAACUUCUUAAUAGGACGACCCGGAAACAAAACUCAGCAAAUUAUUCACAUUAUAGACUUUGGUUUGGCAAAGGAGUAUGUAGAUCCAGAAACAAAGAAGCACAUACCAUAUCGAGAACAUAAGAGCCUUACAGGAACGGCUAGAUAUAUGAGUAUAAAUACACAUUUAGGAAAAGAGCAAAGUAGAAGAGAUGAUUUGGAAGCUUUGGGUCAUAUGUUUAUGUAUUUUCUCAGAGGAAGUCUUCCAUGGCAAGGUUUAAAGGCGGAUACAUUAAAAGAGCGUUACCAGAAAAUUGGGGACACUAAACGAGCAACUCCUAUAGAAGUAUUGUGUGAAAACGUCCCAGAGGAAAUGGCUACUUACCUACGUUAUGUAAGAAGGUUAGAUUUUUUUGAAAAGCCAGACUACGAUUACUUAAGAAAGCUCUUCACAGACUUACUUGAUCGGAAAGGCUAUAUGUUUGAUUAUGAGUAUGACUGGAUUGGCAAACAGUUGCCUACUCCAGUGGGUUCAAUACAUUCAGACCCUACAAUGUCUUCAAACAGAGAAGCAUAUCAGCACAGAGACAGAAUGCAACAAUCCAAAAAUCAGUCAACAGACCAUAGGGCAAUGUGGGAUUCACAUCAAACCAAUCUACAUCACUUGAGGGCUCACCUGGCAUCUGAUAGACAUGGUGGCUCUGUGCAGGUGGUAAGUUCAACAAAUGGAGAACUGAACACAGAUGACCCAACUGCAGGCCGUUCGAAUGCACCCAUCACAGCUCCUGCGGAAGUAGAAGUAAUGGAUGAAACAAACUGCCAGAAAGUGUUGAACAUGUGUUAUGUAACUCUCAGAGCAGUUCUGGUUUGCCUCUGCCCACUGCUACUUUUUCAGUGACUGAGCGACAGGGUGCCUUGGAUAUUUUGAGAAGGUGCUGCUGCUUAUUCAAGCGGAGGAAAAGAAAAGCCAUCCAGCGCAACAAAUGACUAGAACCAAACAGAACACGGGAAAAUGCUUAUUUGUUUAACUACUGUCUUGUGAUCUUAAAAAAAUUCCCAACAACAAAACCCAAAGCAAAAACCUGCAUAAAAACACAUUUUCCGAGGACUCCCUGAGAAACAGUAUCAUGCCUUUGUGCUUUGAUUUGGUUCUUCUGCAUCCAUCUUCUGUUUCUUAAAUUCAUCUGUUCUGAAAGCUUUAAGAUACUGUAAAAUAGGAGAGCUUCUUUGACCAUUAACAUAUGGACCAAUGAAAUAAUAGAAAAUGAACAGUAUCUUGAGCAAAACUGAACUUGAGAAGUAUUUCUUCUUUCCUAGGAAGUAGUAGGUGUCUUAGAUGAAGACGGAUGUCAUAAAUCAGUUAUUUGAGUUUGUUGCAGUGUAUCUAAAGCAGUUUUCUUCAAAAAUGAAGAAGAAAAAUACAGGAACACAUUAUUAUGCAAAAUAAUAAAAUCUUAAGAUUUAUUUUGUGACA